ACCGACUUUCUUCCCCCUUGAAAAGCCGGUGAGAUCUUGAUGAAAUUCCUUCCUUUUCUUGUUGAAUCACAAGAUUUAGGACCUAGAAUCUUCCCUCUCAACCCAGAAAAAUCCCGGUUCUGCUCUGCUCUUCUCCCCUGCAGUCGGCAAGAGCCCCAGCUACCGCCACCCAUUUCCAGCCGGAAACACUGGCCAAGCUUGGGGAUUUCUCCCUAUUUUCUUGUUCUAGAACAGCCAUUAAACCCAGAAUUUCCAGAUCUGUUUUGUUUUGCGUCUUCCUCCCUUUGUUGCCCGCCGGCUGCUAUGUGGGUGUGAGGUUUUUGGGCUUUUUCUGGUAAGAUCUAGCCAUGAAUCCCUCUCUUUAACCUUGAUUUAGGUUGGGUUUACUUUAAUUGCCUUAUUCCCUUCCAAUUUCUGGUAGAGCCGUCAGUCCCUUGCAGAAAAUUCCCGCCGGCCUCUUCCCCCUGCAGCUUCGGUUCUUGCUGGAAAAUUCUGGUUUUGAUCAUUCUGUCACCGUAGCACUUGGGUUAGCCUUUUGUUUUGUGCGAGUGAGGUAAGUAAAUCAUGGUAAAGCCCUUCGAUUUUAAAGCAUGUUUUAAACUGUUUUUGAGAUGGUGGCAAGGUUUAACUUGAUUUUUAAUUGAUUUUAUCUACAUCUGAGUGUGAUUAAACUAAAAUGAGAAUUUUGAUGAUUUUCAUGAAAAUUACUGUUUUUCUGGAAUUGAGCAUGAUUGAAAUGAAAAGUGAGAAUUUCAUUGUUUUUCUGGAGUUAUUGCACUGAGCAUGAUUGGUUUGAAAUGAAACUGUUUUCAUUGGUAUUGAGUAGAGCAUGCCUAUUUGGAAUUGACUGAACUGUUUUGAUGAACUGAGAGUUUACAAAUUCUGAGUUUUCUGAUAAAUCCAUGCCCACAUGGAAAUUUUCCGGUUUGUUCUGAAAUUUGGGAUUGAUUGUGAAAUUCGGGUUUUCUGUAAACUCUGCAUGGUUUUGUCUCGGAUAUAGUCAUGAUUACUGAUUACUGUGCCUGCUAGUGGGAGGUUUAUAAACGCUAGCACAUGUCGACAUGUUUACUGAUAGAACCGGUUCACCCUACCAAUGGGGUUAAACAUUGGUAAUUAUUGUCGCCUGCCAGUGGGAGUUGUAAACACUGGCACCAUUACUGACGCCUGCCAGUGGGAGUUGUUAAACAUUGGCACUUCUGUAACCUUGCCUAUGGGGUUAAACAUUGGCAACUACUGUGCCCGCUAGUGGGAAGUUUAUAAACGCUGGCCAUGACUUAUAGAUGAGACUACUGAACUGAGUUUUAUUCUGCAUGAACGGUUUGUCAUGAAGGCUUUGAUAUUGAACUGAAUCUGAUUCUGCAGUAACGAUUUUGUCAUUGAACGUUUUGCUAUUGAACUGAACUUGAUUUCCGCAUUAACGGUUUAUCAGUGAAAGUUUUGCUAUGUUUACAUGAUUUAUCUGGCAUGUUAAAAGUUUUACCCAAGGGCUAUCCAUAUUUACUUACUGAGUUAUCUCAUAGUUUUCCUUGUCCACCAUUUCAGAAAGCGAUACCGAGGACGGGGAAAUCGAGGGGAGUGACGAGUUAGAAGGGUAGCCAUUUCGAGAUUGGUAUAGAUUUAGAAAUAAAUCAUGUGCUUGCAAGCUAGAGUGUAUUGGAAAUUUUAUGAUAUCAGAGCAGACUGUAAAAUUUUAUCUUGAGAUUUCGUGGUAUCAGAUUGUGAGUUGAAUAAGUUCCGAGCCUUGUGCACUUGUGGGACCCGUCUCACGAGUGCACGGCGUCUGUCGCGUCCCCGGAUUUGGGUUCUGGGGCGUGACAAGUGCACUAAAGGUACAAAGAAAGUUAAAUAUCCAUUACCCAGGUAAAUUAAUGAUAACAAAAUUGAUAUUAUACUUCAAAAUAGUUUAUGUUAUUUUUUAGAAAAUAAAUGAAUUAAUUUUUCUCUCUACUUGAAAUCCAAGGUAUCGUUUGGAAUUAGUGGUUGGUGAUAGUACUGGAGAGACAAUCAUUGUUCUUUUUUAUGAUAUUGGCUUUGAACUACUAUAGCUUAGUGCUGCAGAAGUAGUUGAUAAACAUAUCGUUGUAAG